CCUCCCCCCCCCCCCCCCCCCCGCAGCGCCGCGGUGACACCGAGCAGGAAGCGCGCGGGGCGCGGGCAGAGCGGGAGCCGCCGCCGCCGGAGCCAGCGCCGCCGCCAUGAACGGCAAAGGACAAUACCCCACGCCGCCGUCCUUCCCGGUACAGCCGCCUGCCACCCCCCCGGUGUACCCCCAGACCGUGCCGCUCCCGCAGCCGCCACCCUACACGGACGCCCCUCCGGCUUACUCCGAGCUUUACCGCCCCAGCUUCGUGCCACUGGGGGCUGCCACUGUGCCCACCAUGUCUGCGGCGUACCCGGGCGCUUCUGUCUUCCUGCCCGUGGCCCAGUCCGUGGCCGUGGGUCCCAUCGGCUCCUCGGUCCCGAUGGCGUAUUACCCCGUGGGACCCAUGUACCCUCCUGGUUCAACGGUCCUUGUGGAAGGUGGCUUUGAUGCUGGGGCGAGGUUUGGGGCUGGCGGAACACCCAGCAUCCCACCCCCCCCACCCGGCUGCCCCCCCAACGCCGCCCAGCUGGCCGUCAUGCAGGGAGCCAACGUCCUGGUGACGCAACGGAAGGGCAACUUCUUCCUGGGAGGCUCAGACGGCGGCUACACUAUCUGGUGAAGAAGGCAGGGGAAGGGGGGAGAGGGGGGGGGCUCCAUUUGUGUAAGGAAAGACAUCACAUACUGUCAGCACUUCUCACGAUGUAACUGCUUUAGUCCAUAUUAACCCGACGUCGCGGAUGAGACACGCAGCGGUGAGGGGUCUCCCCGGGCUGGUGCCCGACCCUGCAGGCACCCGAAAACGAGCCAAGGGACGCUGGUGACGGUAGCGGCGCCGCUGUUUAAAUGGGGGGGGAUUAAUUAAUUCACAGUGUGAACGUGAGCUCGGCAGUCCUGCCUCUUCGUUUCACCGGAGUAACACCGCUGUGGGGAAGGCGAGGGAGCGGGGCCGGUGCCAUGCCGGUACCGCUGGCCCCAGAGCCGUGACCCCCCAGGUUUCCCCCUCCCCAAAAGCAAAGGUGCUGGCUGGAAAAGCGAGGCAAAACUUGGGAGGGCACCGCCGCGCUUCCUUCGUCCUGACCUCGGGAGAGCGCAUCCCUGGGAGCACCCCGUGCUCACGGUCACCCCCGUUUCCCUCUGGGAAGUUAUGCGGCUGGCGUGUAUCAUGGGAUUUUUUUUUAUACACUCCAAGUAAUCUUGGAUUUCUUUGCACAUUAGAUCUAAUCAAAGCCAGGCUUUGGUGCCAGAAACACAAUGCAACUCAUCUUUGAACCUUUCAUUCGAUGCUAACUAGGCUUUUAGAAUGACGCUUAAUAAACAAAUGUCUUUUUUUCUUUUUUUCUUUUUUUUUUUUUUUUUGAAACUCAACCUGGUGUCUUGACACCAAAACUCCUUCAGGCUGUUGUUCAGAGGGGCUGGUCACCAUCUGCCCGAGGGUGUGUAACAACUGUCAAUCAACACACAAAUUAGCUUGGGUCGUGGGUUUUCCGGACACGUACUUCAGAAAUGACUUGGGUAUAAUGAAGUCUUCGUAGGGUUAAGAAGAAUAUUUCAGGGAUCCUCAAUGUUUUGGGUUUUGUUUUGUUUCUGUUUUCUGACGAAAAAAUAUCAGAUUCAAAUAUAUUUUAUCUCGAGGUUUCAGUUUAAUCUAAAUCUGUGUCUUGUAUAUGUUGUGUUUAACCAUCCGACUGACUGUUAUGAAAACGUUCAGCAUUACGUCUCUCUCUGUAUACACUGUGGUGCACUUAACUUGUGGAUUUUUUUAUACUAAAAAAAAAAAAAAAGGUAGAAUAAAGACUAUUUUGAAAAUUUGAA